AUGGGUUCUCUAGAUGUUGAUUCUUCCAUAACUUACCCUGUCGCUAUCGUUGGAGGGGGCCCUACUGGCCUAUCUGCCUCGAUCCUACUUUCGCUGUGUAACAUCCCUCACGUACUGUUUGAACGGUAUCCUUCAACAUCCAUCCACCCGAAAGCUUGCGGAUACAAUCAUCGCACAGUGGAAAUAUGGCGCCACAUGGGCAUCGAAGAGGAGCUGACCAAGCAACGCGCUCCACUGGACAUGGUCAGCAGGACGGCCUGGUAUACCAGCUUUGGACCCAAUGGGAGGGAAAUCGUCAGCCGCGACUCCUGGGGUGGCGGAGCCUAUGAGGAAGAAUAUGCCUCUGUCUCGCCUUGUCAGUAUUCCACCAUGCCACAAAUCCGACUCGAACCGAUAUUGCAGAAGCGGGCGCUGGAAUUGAAUCUCAAGGGGAUCUUUUACAAUACCGAAGUUACAAAAGUCGAAGAAGCUGAUGGCCACGUCAUCAUCACUUCUCUAGGGAAAGGCGAGGGGCCAGCGACAGUCAAAGUACAAUACUGUAUUGUCGCCGACGGGGGUCGCAGACUGACAGAUGACCUAGGCAUUGGAUGGGAGGGCGAACGGGACAUUGUCGACAUGGUAUCCGCUCACAUUCGGGCUCCCUUAUCCCUUCAACACCCGGACAUCCGCAACUUCAUUACCUGGUUCGUCAACCCGAAGCUGGGUGGCACUAUCGGGUCAGGAUACCUCUACCACUUGGGUCCUUAUCCCAUUUCGACCGAGACGGAGGAAUGGCUCUUUGCAUGCGGUCUCAACCCGGCAGACCCAAAACGCUUCGAUGAGUCGGCGAUGCUGAAACGAAUGCACAAUACGUUGCAAAUUCCUGACCUGAAAGUUGAGCUGUUAUCCAUAAAUCACUGGUAUGUCAAUGCACUGUGCGCUUCACGAUACCGGAGUAAGAAAUCCACAGGCCGGGUAUUCCUGGUCGGAGAUGCCGCACACCGGAUUCCUCCCUGGGGAGCACUGGGUCUUAAUACAGGCAUUCAAGACGUGGAUAACCUGGUGUGGAAGUUGAAUUUUGCCAUCAACGGGAUCCCGUCAUCUCUUCGACAUGAUGGGGAUUGCAAUGCGCUGCUCGACAUAUACGACUCCGAGCGCCGUCCUAUCGGGCAACGCGUACGAGACUGUGCAUUGCAUAAUCUGCGUGCUUUCGGACUAGUGAUGGAUAAAGCGAUCGGCGUCUCUACUGAAAAUAGCCAAGUUGAAAACGUGGCGAAUAUGGAUGCAUUCUUCGACAUGGCAUCCGCAAACACAGACGGCGCUGCACGCCGAAAGGCAGUCCACCGUGCACAGAAGAUUCUUGACGACGAGUUUCAUGCCCUUGGGGCGGAGAUUGGCUGGUUCUAUCCCGACCUAGAUGUCAAUGGAGAAGGCAAGGAGACGAAUCACGACGGACAGCUCAAGGACGGUGGCCAGUUGGAUUUAUUGUACUACCAUCCGUCGACCAUUCCGGGACAUCACUUACCGCAUGCGUGGCUGGAGAAGGGGAAGGAGAGGUUGUCAACCAGAGAUAUGGUCAAGUAUGACGGAUUCAUUCUGAUCACCUCGCGCCCGGGCUUGUGGAAAACAGCCGUGGCGGACGCAGGAGGUGGUCUGGUGGCCUUGAUCGCAAUCUCGGAUGCGAGUGAAAAGACAGACAGUGACGAGUCUCUCUGGAAGGACGUAAAAGGAAAAUGGGCUUCUCAGCGUGGUGUAGAUAGCUCUGGCGCAGUCCUGGUUCGUCCUGAUGGGAUUGUUGUCUGGCGAGCGAAGGAAUUCGACCAAGGCAAGCACGGCGGUGCGUCGUGGCUGAGGGAUGUACUUCGAAUGGCUUUAGCGCUAGGGUAG